GGCGAGGGAGGAGGAGGAAGGAGAGGAGGAGGAGGAGUAGGAGAAGAAGGAGGUGGAGGGUGACCGAGCUCUCCUUUGCACUCUCACACAGAGCCGCCUGCCUGGAGUCACCCGCCGCCUCCCGUCGCGCGCGCUUUCCUGCUCCGCGGACGCGACAUUGUUCUUUGGGACUCCCGGGACCUGUCAGCGAUUGGGGCUCCUGGACUUGCGAGAGACUUGACUUCGGCCCGCAGGCCUGCGGGUUGGCGGGGACCGCGGCACUUUCGGGGCGCGGGUGAAGGGAUUAGCUCAUCUCGCCGCGAGGUGCGAGCGCGCGCCUCCCCGCGCACGCCGGCCCCGCCGCAGCCCCGCAGGAUGACGGGGUGCUGGCGGCCCGCGGCCGUGCUGCGGCCGCUGUGGCGGCGGCCGUUCGCGGGGCGCUGAGGGGCAGCCCCCGACGCGGACCACGCGCCUCUCCCCCCGGCUGCGCGCUCGGGGCCUCCGGGCUUUUUGUAUUUGGAUUUUGUUUUUUCUCCAGCCGAGAGGACGCGGCUGUGAUAACGAAGCUCCUGUGUGGACAGUAAUGACCGCACGUUUCCGAUUGCCAGCUGGCAGAACCUACAAUGUCCGAGCAUCAGAGUUGGCCCGAGACAGACAGCAUACAGAGGUGGUUUGCCACAUUCUUCUUCUGGAUAACACUGUACAGGCUUUCAGAGUUAACAAACAUGAUCAGGGGCAAGUUCUGUUGGAUAUAGUCUUCAAACAUCUUGAUUUGACUGAGCGAGACUAUUUUGGUUUACAGUUGGCUGACGAUUCCACAGAUAACCCAAGGUGGCUGGAUCCAAACAAACCAAUAAGGAAGCAGCUAAAGAGAGGAUCUCCUUACAGUUUGAACUUUAGAGUCAAAUUUUUUGUAAGUGACCCCAACAAGUUACAAGAAGAAUAUACAAGGUAUCAGUAUUUUUUGCAAAUUAAGCAAGACAUUCUUACUGGAAGAUUGUCCUGUCCUUAUAACACCGCUGCCCUUUUAGCUUCGUUUGCUGUUCAGUCUGAACUUGGAGACUAUAGUCAGUCAGAAAACCUGCCAGGCUACCUCUCAGAUUAUUCUUUCAUUCCUAAUCAACCUCAAGAUUUUGAAAAAGAAAUUGCAAAGUUUCAUCAGCUGCACAUUGGCUUAUCUCCUGCAGAAGCAGAAUUUAAUUACUUAAAUACAGCACGUACCUUAGAACUCUAUGGAGUUGAAUUUCACUAUGCACGGGAUCAAAGUAACAAUGAAAUCAUGAUUGGAGUGAUGUCAGGAGGAAUUCUGAUUUACAAGAACAGGGUACGAAUGAAUACUUUUCCGUGGUUGAAGAUUGUAAAAAUUUCUUUUAAAUGCAAACAGUUUUUUAUUCAACUUAGAAAAGAAUUGCAUGAAUCUAGAGAAACAUUACUAGGAUUUAAUAUGGUGAAUUACAGAGCAUGUAAAAAUUUAUGGAAAGCGUGUGUAGAACAUCACACAUUCUUCCGCCUGGACAGACCACUUCCACCUCAAAAGAAUUUCUUUGCACAUUAUUUUACAUUGGGUUCCAAAUUCCGGUACUGUGGGAGAACUGAAGUCCAGUCAGUUCAAUAUGGCAAAGAAAAGGCAAAUAAAGACAGGGUAUUUGCAAGAUCUCCAAGUAAGCCUUUGGCACGGAAAUUAAUGGAUUGGGAAGUAGUCAGCAGAAAUUCGUUAUCUGAUGACAGGUUAGAAACACAGAGCCUCCCAUCCCGGUCUCCACCUGGAACUCCCAACCAUCGGAAUUCUGCAUUCACACAAGAGGGGACUCGGGUCCGGCCAUCUUCAGUUGGUCAUUUGGUAGACCAUGUGGUUCACACAUCCCCCAGUGAUGAUUUUGUGAAUCAGAGAUCUCCAUCAUCAACGCAAGCUAAUAGCAUAGUUCUGGAAUCAUCACCAUCACAAGAGACCCCUGAAGAUGGGCAGCCUCCAGCUUUACCACCCAAACAAUCUAAAAAAAACAGUUGGAACCAAAUUCAUCUUUCCCACUCUCAACAAGAUCUAGUCAAUCAUACUAAUGAAACCUUUGAUGUGCCCUCUUCUCCUGAAAAGUCCACUCCUAAUGGUGGCAUUCCACAUGAUAAUCUUGUUCUAAUCAAAAUGAAACCUGAUGAAAAUGGAAGGUUUGGAUUCAAUGUAAAGGGAGGAUAUGAUCAGAAGAUGCCUGUAAUUGUGUCCCGAGUAGCACCUGGAACACCUGCUGACCUCUGUGUCCCUCGAUUGAAUGAAGGGGACCAAGUGGUACUGAUUAAUGGUCGGGACAUUGCAGAACACACCCAUGAUCAAGUAGUCUUGUUUAUUAAAGCCAGCUGUGAGAGACAUUCUGGAGAACUCGUGCUUCUAGUUCGACCUAAUGCUGUAUAUGAUGUAGUAGAAGAAAAACUAGAAAGUGAGCCAGACUUCCAGUAUAUUCCUGAGAAAGCCCCACUAGAUAGUGUCCAUCAAGAUGACCACUCCCUGAGGGAAUCAAUGAUCCAGCUAGCUGAGGGGCUUAUCACUGGAGCAGUCCUGGCACAGUUUGAUCAACUAUAUAGGAAAAAACCUGGAAUGACAAUGUCUUGUGCCAAAUUACCUCAGAACAUUUCCAAAAAUAGAUACAGAGAUAUUUCGCCUUAUGAUGCUACACGGGUCCUUUUAAAAGGUAAUGAAGACUACAUCAAUGCAAACUACAUAAAUAUGGAAAUUCCUUCUUCAAGUAUUAUAAAUCAAUACAUAGCUUGUCAAGGGCCAUUACCACACACUUGUAAAGAUUUUUGGCAAAUGAUUUGGGAACAAGGCUCCUCCAUGGUUGUGAUGUUGACCACACAAGUUGAACGUGGCAGGGUCAAAUGUCACCAGUAUUGGCCAGAACCCACAGGAAGUUCAUCCUAUGGAUGCUAUCAAGUCACCUGCCACUCGGAAGAAGGAAACCCUGCCUAUAUCUUCAGGAAGAUGACAGUGUUUAACCAAGAGAAAAAUGAGAGUCGUCAACUUACUCAGAUUCAGUACACGGCCUGGCCUGACCAUGGAGUGCCUGAUGAUUCAAGUGACUUUCUGGAUUUUGUUUGUCAUGUACGAAACAAGAGGGCUGGAAAGGAAGAACCAAUUAUUGUUCAUUGCAGUGCUGGAAUUGGAAGGACUGGGGUUCUUAUUACUAUGGAAACUGCCAUGUGUCUCAUUGAAUGCAAUCAGCCAGUUUAUCCACUAGACAUUGUAAGAACAAUGAGAGAUCAAAGAGCCAUGAUGAUCCAAACACCUAGUCAAUACAGAUUUGUAUGUGAAGCUAUAUUGAAAGUUUAUGAAGAAGGUUUUGUUAAACCCUUAACAACAUCAUCAAAUAAAUAAGAAAACAAAAAGGUUGGGAUAAGUAUUGGAAAAAUGACUUUUGUUAAAUUCACUGUGCCAUAAUACUGCUUGCAGGAAAUGGCCGCAUACAAAAAAGUGAAGAACUCAGAAAAACUUCGAAAACUUCAGCACUAUUGCACUUUAUGUUUUAAAAAGUCACUUAAAACCUAUAACUCAUUUGUUUAACUGUUUUGUGCUUUGCUCUGAACAAAUAGUGGAAACUGAAUAUGUUCAGGGUUAUGGAAUUUUGAGGUGGUGCCAUGUAGUCCCCUCUUGUAGAAUUGCCAUAGACAAGGCUCAGAAUUCUCAUCUCUUGAAAGCAAAAACUUGUACCUUGAAAGCAAAAAGAAGUAAACAUGAGGAGUCUGCUCUGGUCUUUCCCAGUGGUUCGUGUACUUGCUCUGCUGAUGAGCAGAUUUUCUUUUUCAAGCGUUAGCAAUACCAUUCUCAACAUUAGCCAGUGCACUGCCUGUGGAUGCAGCACAUCUCCCUGACAUCCCAGUCGGGACCUGCUGUUGAGAAGAGAAGUGGAACUUGCUGUUCCCCGGAAAUGCUGCACAGUGUCCAUUUACCAGCAUCUUACAGAAAUUAUAACUAUGAAUCUACAGAUUUUCUUGGGUUUAAUAAUGUGACUUAUAUUUAUCAUAAGGUUGGCUUAUUCCAAAUCAUGUGAUUUCACAUUCUUGAUGUUAAGGAAUGCAUGCAUUGUGUCUUAACCCCUUAAGUGCCUUGAGAUAUCUUUGUCUAAUGAAAAGGCACUCAUUUGACCCCAUAGAAGGUAUGUAUGUAUACUGUACAUUCUUAUAGUUUUAUGAAUUUUUAAUAAGUUCACAAUGUAAAAAAAAAAAAAACUUCUUAUGUUGAGAGUUAUACAGACAGAGAGGGGUAAGGAAAUUUCUGUUUCUUACUCAGUGCUUGCUUGUACUUUACCAUAAAAGCCAAGAUAUCUGUAUUCUGCUGAGAGUGCAUCUGCUGCUAUAGAAUUGUUCACAAUCUGUACAUUCCUUUACUGAGGGACAGGGGUUAAAGUUCAGCAGCUUAACUUUAAAAGAUGAUUUAUUCUUCAAAUUUUAUAUUUACUUUAUCCCUAACUGAAAAAGUAAUGUUUAACAUGUAUAUUAGAGAUAAACAUAUUGACACUCUAAGUUACAGUUACAAAGUUAAUUAGUUGGAGAUUAUAUAUAUUAUAUAUAUAAUCUAUAAUUGAAAUGUUGCCCUCCAGCACUCAUUCCAGUUCAUAUCGGGCUGUCUUCACACUGUUCUUUUCAUUGGGAUUCUUCAGAUAAGGAAUUAAGUACUAUUAGCUUUUACUAAAUGUGACCCCAUAAUAGUAAAAUGCCAGUUUUCUUGUCAUUUUUAUACAAUUACAUUAUCUGGUUUAUAGAUGCCCAUUAAAUGAUAGGCAUACAGAUGUGUUUAUUUUUCUUGUCAGCUUCAUUUGUUUGUAAGUCUAUGAAGACAUCUUUAAAAUUGCCCAAUUUAAUAUAAGCAUUUGUUCAGCUAUUCAAAUGUUAUUUUAUAUGGAUAUGGUUAAAAUACAUAUAUUUCCUAGUGAUUUCAUAUUAUUUCUGUAGUCUUGAUAAAACAUAGGUUCCAAUGGUAGAUAUUUUGGAAUGCUAUUUAGUGGGGUGGGGGGGAUUGCAUACAUUUAAAAAUCUUUACUAAAAUCUAAAUUACUGUUUAACAUAUUCAGAAUCUAUAAUAGUAAAAUUCAGAAGUUAAGCUCCUAAACAUUAGUGGCCAGGGUACCAAAUAAGUUGUCACAUAUAAAUAUUUAUUGUCUUAUUUUUUAAAGAGAGAAAUAAAUAUAAUCUUUAUGUCAAAUAGAAGUUCUAUUCUGAUUUGACAUGUAAGACAAUAAUUUAAGCUGGCUAGUGAACUAUAGUUUCACUCAAACAUUCCAUUCUCUACCCAGAGGCAAAUAUAAUAUAGGUUGGUAGGAUAUCAUUGCAAGUUAAAAAGGGAAACCAAGUUGGAGAUCUAUACAUUAUAGAAUUAUUCUAUUGGUGGAUUUUAGCCUGAAUUUUAGAUCUGUCCUCGCCAUGUGGAUAGAAUGUGGCAACCAUAGACGAAAAGAGAAAAACUGUGUAGAAGUUAAGAGGCAAUGUCAUGAUUCACUUGCUUUUUAAUGUAAAGCUUUGUUUAUACCUCUGUAGUUAGUACUGAUGUUGGCAGUGAGCAUUGUUGCUUUUUAAAUCAUCAGUGCUUGUUUUUAAGUGACAAGUGUAGAACUAAAUUUAAAUUUCUCAUUGCAAUUUAUUAUCUGAAAACUAUGCUCCAGGAAUAUUUCACAUGUGAAAACAGCUCUUUUAGAACAUUCAUUAGGAUCUUAAGCUAAAAAGGAUAAAUUGUUAUCAUGGACAUGCUAAUUAAACCUUCCUAGUUAUCUAACCUACAACACUGUCCUUUACACCUAAGCAUUUAAUCAGCCUACUAAUGUAAAUAUAUUUCUAGAAACAGUGCUAGUUUUCAUAGCCAGGUAGUGCUAUACUCCAUACACAUCAGUGUAAUAUUGUGUAACAAAAACAAAUUUAUUAAACUACUUUUCCAUUUCACUAGCCACCCUUACAGCCACACCCCCACAAACUCAAGAAAGAAUACAUUUAUUCUGACAAGUGAAAAAAAAUCAGUAGUGGUGAAUCAGGGGCUUUUGUACAUGUUAAAGGUAAAUGUGAAAAACUUCCCUCUCUGAGUUCAGAUGGUUUUUCUGUGAGCAUCUGGUUUCCAUCAGUACCGCCUGGAUGCUUGUUAGUAAUAUUUUGGAAUAGACUUUGCCUUCACCCAAAGAAUUAAGUUGUAUUUGUUAAACUGAUCUGUUUAUUCAAAAGUGAGGCAGAAUAAACAGCCCAAGAAAAGCUUUUGUGUAACUUGCUGGGUCAAGUAACUGGAAAAGGGCAAUGAUUGAUCACUUUAACUUAAGAAUAAAGGUAACAUUGUGUGAAAAUUGACUCAAAUGCAGUUAUGCUAAACUGUUAGGACAGUUACUUGAAGGUUUGGGGUACUACUGUACGUGCCUUCAUAGAGAAACAUCGGUGCAUUGGUUUGCAUGUGUGUGCUUCAGAGACAUGUCCAAAGACUAUAUGGACUUUUAGUCAUGGACUUUAUAUCUCUUGGUAGGUCUAACCAAGUCUGAUUAGUUGUUUGAGCAAAAAAUAAUCUCUUGUCUCACUAGAAGUAGUACUACAGCUUGAGAGCUAAGAAUUUGAAAGAUUUUGUCCAAUCUCUACAUCCGUAUUAUUAUAAGAAGGACCAGAUGCCCAGCAAUUAGUUUAUCAGAAUCUGGUCAUCUUCAAGUUUUCUAAUUCUUAAUUUAGUGUCUCUGCAUUAGACUAUAACUUCGCAUAUUGUGAAUAUGAUGAAUGCUUGUAAAUUUUAUCUGUUUCUACUUAGGAAGCACGCUUAGUUUUGUCACUUUGAAACGUUGACACCUUAGAAGUUUGAAAGUAGACGUCAAAAGUGAGGCCAAUUAGGACUUGGACUCAGUUUGCUAGUGCUUUCUUGACAGAUGAGCAUAAGUUGUUGUGAAGUAUUUAGGUCGAUGCACAUGCAGUAGUAAAACUAAGCUACAAAUAAGAAAGCAUUUUUAAAGCACUUAAAACAUAGAACUGAGAUGUAGAACUUAUAUCUGCUUACAAAAUAAUUUAUAUUCAUAAUGUGAACAUGUGAUAAAAUUGAAGUAUGGCUUGUCUAUCAAGAAGAGAGACGGAAACAUGAACUUAUAGCAAUAUGCUAUGUAAUGUCUGUGUUUUGAAUAUUUAAAAUAUUCUGAUGGUAAAGUUGCCAAAGUAGUUUUGAAUUUGUGUAAGUUGUUUAUAUUACAACAAUGUGGGACAUGUUUACAGGCUUUUUAUUGUACUUACUUUGUAGUUCUGAUGAAUUUGUAUUUAAGUCAUUUAUAGUAAAUACAUGAUGAUAAAUAUUUGCUGGAAUAAACAUCUCAGUAAUAUAGCAAACCAUACCUAAAUGACCCCACAGUCUGCUUUCAUACAAGGUGCUGCAUCCACAAAGCAAGUACUUUGUGUUAAUCUUGCUCACAUCUCACAUUUGCACCGACCAUCUAACUGCCAUUCCUGGAUCCAUUUGCGGUGCUUCCUCCAAGUAAAACAAUGUUCUUACAAUUCAGUGGAUUGAGUUUAUCAAAUACUAGGAUUACUGAUUUGUUGACAAAUACUUAUUUGUUGACAGAUCUCAGUGUGAUCAGCAAUUGUAACAACCUUUAUGAAAUUCCUUGAGAAUUAUUAUAUACAUACAAAGAUAUUUACAUAAUCUAAAACAUUUUGAGGGCUCAUUUGCUAAUAGAUAAUUUCAUCAAUUUUAAAAGUACAAGAAGUCAAUCCCAAAAUUAUGUUUGGGGUUCUGUUUCUUACCAAAAUUCUUAGUUUGCAUGGAUUUCAUUUACUCUUAGCAGUUAUUAUAAUAAACUUCUCUAUGUUAACAGAAACACCAUGCCAUGUAUUUCAGCCCAUAAUUAUUUUAUUUUUAUGCCUUAUUGAAUUGUUUUGGUAGAUGCCAUAUAUAAAUUUCAUAUAUAAAUUUGCUGCUACUUAUUUUACGUUUUUCUACUAUAGUAUACUGUUGAUUUCUUAAGUCAUUGUUUAUCUUUUUUAGUCCUUCAAAGCUAAAUGGGCAGCCAUUAGUCAUAGCUGCAUGACAGCAGUGCAUCUAUAUUGGCUAGGUGUGGUUCAGUACAUAAACAAGUAAGCCAGUGUACUUUUAAUUUGCUGAAAGUGAUUAGCAAUAUUGCAAGUUUAAAACUACACUGUUAAGGAAGAGUUCAAACAUUUAACUUCCUGGAGCCUUGCAAAAUUUUCAGUAUAAGGAUGAAAAAGAAAGCCUUGUUAAGGUCAUAGAAGUUUUAAUUAAACACUGUAGAGUUUUCCUAUUAUAAUGUAAAUGAUAUACAGAAAAUAUUUUUCUAUGAACAGAAAGUUAAAACUGUUAACUUUAUUUCAUCGCUUAAAAGGGAUAAAACAAUAUUUGUAUGUCUUUCAUGCUGUAAAGAAAAUGAAUGUAUCUUUCAAAUGUUAGUUAUUACUUGAUUGUAUGUGUUUGUUAAAAAAAGAGAUCUGCAAAGGGUUGAAGAGUAUUACAAGUCAUUAUGUAAAAUGCAAUGUUGGAAGAAAUGGAAUUGCAUUUCAAAGCAUAUUUCAGAUAUAGUGUAUAUUCAUUUUCACAUUGCUUUCUUUUGGCUCUAGAAAAUUUUCUUCAAAAUUGUAUAUACUAUUUUGAGUGUAAAAAUAUUUGAAUUCUACACUUGUGGGGUAUAGAAGACUGUGUGUUAGGCUGUGUGUGCUGCUGCAUGUGUCUACCAUGGAGGAAAGUUCCCAAGUUUUGUCAGUGUCGCAGCCACCAGUGGGGGCAUCAGUAUGAGAAUGUGAAGCCAGAAACCCAUGCCUAAGAGCCAGUGCAGUAACACUGCAGAGGCCUCUGUCCGUGCUAAGGAGUUUCCCUCUUUACCUUCAGUGAUGUGGAUAGAAUACUACUGGGCCUUAUUCCGGUGACUUAGAACGCGGUUAGGUGGCUUGUAUGCUUACAAGUUUACCCAGCUGGAUGAGAACCUUCACUUUAAACCAGUGCCUGUAGGCGUGACUAAUUUGUUCAAGAGCUCCUUUAAAUCUAGCACUUAUCAAGUAUUAAACUUGAUGAAAUUGGGAAUUCAUUGUUUUGACAAAUUUUCUAGCCUUCCAUGCUAAUUUUAACUCAUCACGAUGUACCCUGAACAACCACAAAGUGACCCAAGGUUAGUGUCAGAUUCCCUCUCCCCAGCACUGCUAAAUAACUGAUGACUUAGAAGUUCGUUGUUAAAUAAAGUCACUGCCAAGGAUCAUGAAGAAGACAGCUUUCUUCAACAUUUGGCCCAAAUAGUUGCUGCUUCCUGGUUUCCCUAGAUCUAUUAUAUCACUAUAUGUCAUCAUAUCCAUUGUAGUCACAAUUAGGCCUAGUUUACCUUUUUUUUUUUUUUUUUUUUUUUUAAAUAUUUGUUUUCUGCUCAUAUAGUAUUCUAGUUAUUUGCCCUCCUGGGAAAGGAAGUUUCAGCCCAAUUCUGUGAUUCUCUGAAUUCAUCUUUCCCAAUCCUUCAGUGAGUUAGCAAGAUUCUUCAUUCCUCAGUCCUGUAGAGUGGGUCAUAUUUCAGUGCUAGAAUUAAUUUCAAAUAGCACUUUAUUUCAUGCUUACUACUGACUUAAUUUAUGCAUUAAAAAUAUCUAUCCUAGGAGUUUUGUAAAUACAGAAAAACAGUUGAUUAGUAUUAGAGUUUAUUAGAUUGGCCCCAAGUUUAAAUGCUUUAUAAUGAUCUCUUAAUAGCGUUUGUUGAUAUUUAAGAGAUAACAUGUGACUUUAGCUCUGCUGUUUUUCUGUAACUUGUAUAAUAACAAUAGAGGCUUCCCAGCUGACUCUUGCUGGACUCAGUUCUCUCAGCUAGUAUCAGCCAAGCUUGGUUUACUAAAAUUGUUUUUGUGCUCUGCAUUUUGUGAACAUCACAUGAAUACUGGGAAAUCUGUUUGUUUCAGUGUAGUACCUAGAGGUUAAAUAGAUACUGCACCACAAGUAUAAUGCUAUAACAGUUUAUAUUAAGCUGUUUUCAUAUUCUGUCAGUACAAUAUAUCUGCUAUACAAAAUGAAAGUUGUCUAUCCCAGUGCUCUCCAGCAUCAGAACACACCAAUUAUAAACUAUGCUGUGAGCUUUUCAAAUAGAAAGGCUAGUGUAGGUUUAACUUUAGGACUGAUAGCUUAUACUUAUCAGUACUAUUUUUAAACAGUAGUUUUUAAAUUAUUUCUGUGUAGAGGGUAUUUUAAUUUGGGAACUUUCUUUUCUUGUAAUAGGUGCUAUAUGUAAAUAUGUAGUGAGAAGUUUGUUUGGUUAAAGGUCUAGUUUAUUAUUAAAAUAUCUUUCAUUUCUGUUUCCAAUUCAUGUUUUGUACUGAACUAAUUGCAGAAUGGAUUUAAUUCCUUAAUAUUGUAGACUACCUUUUCUCCCAGUUGCACAAAAAUAUCAACAUAUGGUUUGGUCUCAGAUUAAGAUGCAAAGAAGCUAACAGUGAAAAUUUAAAACACAUAAACUUGAAUUUGGUCAACACUGGACUAUUUGAAAUGAUCACUGUGCACACGUCACUGCAGCUUGCUGUGUGUUUGAAAAGCCUUGUUUGCUUGUCUUAAUUUCAGUGAAAAUUAGAAUUCCUGCCAUUCUACACAUAGCAACAUUGAACAGGAUAAAAAUGUUGGUUUAUAUUGAAACUUUUAGUCUUAACAUCAAUUUAUGUUAUGUGAAACACUGUUACACAUAUUUUGUUGGCUAUAUUUUAUUUUGACUGAGUAGUUGUUCAAGUACAAAUGUGAAAAAAAAGAACACCUCUAGCUGUUAAUGUUCAAUUGAAAAAUAAAGAUGUGCUUUAGUAA